GAGUUAAGCGAGGAAGAUGAAAUGCUGAUCAGGAAUGGGGGUGCAGGCAUUCCCAUGGGCUCUGACGGAAAGCCAUGGCCACUUCUCCCACCCAUCGCGCCUAAACAUGUUGGCAAGAAGUGUUUAGUGCUUGACCUGGACGAGACCCUCGUCCAUAUUAACAUCAUGCCCAUACCAGAUCCAGACUUUGUCGUUCCUGUCCAAAUUGAGCAUCAAUGGCACAACAUGUAUGUACAGAAGCGACCAGGAGUAGACGAGUUUCUUCGACAGAUGGGUGAGCUGUACGAAGUAGUAGUGUACACCGCAAGUCUGGGUUCCUAUGCAGAUCCGGUGAUGGACCAUCUCGAUAUCUACAAUGCCGUUUCGCAUAGGCUU